AUGAACCUAGAGAACUUCCCACAGAUAUCCUUGACUACCGCCAUCGGGUUUCACAUUGGCUACGCUUUCUUACAGAACAACUAUGUACGAGGUAUAGUUAUGCAUUUAAAUUUUGCAAAGGUUACAACUCAGGCAUGGCAGAGGUACAUCACAGUGUACUGCAACAUGGAAGACAUUUCUUUCUACCCAUCUUCGUUCAGGGACUUCAAUAACAAAUCCAUUGCUCACGUUUGGGACUCAGUUUUGCUUCGAUUGGGGAGACUUCCUGCGGGUUGUUACACGGGGAGCAUUUCAAGGCUCCCCGAGAAGGGGUGGCGUCCCCCAGCGACGUCUCCCCAAAUCGCACCUCGCCCGGGUGUCGGGGAGGCAGCCAGCAAGGGGCUGGCAGAGCGCCUUAGCGCGUCCUUGUAG